AUGUCCAAUGAGAUAUUAGGUCGUUUCCUAACUGGACUAGGCUUCUCGUACGGAAAGAACACCGCACAGCCAAUCAUCUCCGAACGUCCAGACCUCGUUCAAGAAAGGGCCACUUAUCUUACGAGGAUGGAAGAAGCACGACGUCGCGGUAGUUGCUUGGUGUUCAUGGAUGAAACGUGGGUCUUUGAUUCCAUGACGAAAGAGGGAAAGUAUGCUGUCACGACUAUCCGCACGUGGAAUUGCUACUCUACCGCUGCUUGCAGGGCAUCAACGGUGUUCUCUGAUAAGAAUGAAAUCGCAUUUCCAAUCCAUGAAAAGGAGCCGAAACACGUUGAAAUCAAAGACGCCUUUGGAAAGAUUAAAUCAGGAGACAACAUUUUCAUUCACGGAAUUGCCGCAACACCCACUCCUCUGUUGAAAGGACUUUGUGAACAUGCAAAAGCAAAUAAUCUCAAAGGAAUCAAGCUUCAUCAUCUACAUUUGGAAGGCGAGACUCCAUGGACUGCACCGGACAUGAAAGAUCGCAUUCGAUCGAACUCGCUUUUCACUGGCACAAAUCUUCGCAAAGCUGUUAAUGAAGGUAUUGCCGACUUCAACUCGUGUUUCCUACAAGAGGUUCUUAUGCUUUUCCGACGUGGAGCAAUCAAGGUGAAUGCUGCAAUAAUCCAUGCCAUCCACCCUGGAAAGCUUGUUGUCGGUUUCGUUUAUGGAUCAACUAAGUUAUACGACUUCUUGAGCGACAACCCACUUGUUGAGUUCGGUGAUAUCCAAUGGGUAAACGAUCCCGCUAUCAUCCGGCAAAAUCCUAAAGUCACUGCAAUUAACGCUGCCGUUGAAAUCGAUCUUACUGGGCAAGGUGAGAGUUUACGUAUGCUAUAUGUCCUACUGUCUUGA